AUUUUGCAAAAGAUGUGAACUCAAAUGCAAAUAUAAAGGAAACAAAUUUGUUAUGACGGCGCGUGCGUCAGGCUCCGAGAGCAUCAUCUGAUCCUCUUCCUUCCUCGGUUCGCGUUUCUUUUUUUUUGUAUUGGAGUUUGAGCUUCUCAAGCUGAGUUUACCUCUUUGCUUAUUCGAUUCGAUUCCGUGGUGAUGGUGGAGAGACGGAGGAGUCCUCUGGUUCUAUCAUCCACCAGAGCCACACUCCGCUCUGUCCUCAAUUCGCUUCAACCCGACGAGACUCCGGGCAGACCCGAUUCGAUACGGCGGAACCUUACGUUGCCAGCUGGCAUUCUCAGGUGGCAAGGAGAAGGAGUAAAUGGUUCCGACUUAGAUGACUCAUCACUGGUCGGACUCUCCACUCAGCUGCUCAAGAGACUUUCCAUCAACUCUGGCUCUUUCGUUAUUAUCAGCAACGUUGACAUAGGCAUUCAACGGAUUGCGCAAGUUGUUGUACUUGAUCCUCCCAAGACGACGACUCUUCUUGAAGAAGAUGCAUCUCCCAUACACUCUCUUCACACGAUGCUUGUCUUCCCCACUUUUGAUUUGAUGACAAGUCAACAGUUACCAGACCAAGAGGUUGCUUACUUGUCUCCCAUGUUAGCUUUUAAUCUCAGCUUGCAUAUCUCCUGCCUCAAGUCCCUAGUCCAUCGAGGGAACGAGGUCUUGGAGAAGUAUUUUGUUGCUAGACUCGAUGAGGAGCUGGAUGAAUCGAAGAUUGGUUUGGAUUUGGAACCUGUGUCCCAAGUUCCAGGCUAUGCAUCACAUCUGAGGGUUUCUUUCGUUAAGAUCCCCGAGUGUGGUACCAUUCAGUCACUGGUGGUCAAUUCUUCACUUGAAGAUGAAGAGCGACAGGGGUUGAUAGAUUCCGCUUUGCAUAAGUAUUUUGGAAUUGAUAGACAGCUGUCAAGAGGCGAUGUGUUUCGAGUUUUCAUUGAAUGGAACUGUUGUUCUAGCAUUUGUGUUCCGUGUACUCAAGGGUUAGGAGGCUCCAAAAGCGAAGACUUUAUCUAUUUCAAGGUCAUUGCGAUGGAACCUUCUAAUGAGAGGUUUCUUCGAGUCAAUCACUCCCAAACCGCUCUUGUACUUGGAGGAACGGUCUCUUCUGGUCUUCCACCAGAUUUGCUUGUUUCUAGUUCAAAGGUUCCUAUCCCUUUGCAGGAGGACACAGUAAAUAUAUUGGCCUCGGUGCUUUCCCCACCUCUCUGCCCAUCAGCACUCUCCUCAAAACUCAGGGUUGCUGUUUUACUCCAUGGUCUGCCAGGGUGCGGGAAGAGAACUGUUGUUAACUAUGUAGCCAGAAGGUUGGGCCUGCAUGUAGUUGAGUAUAGCUGCCACAGUUUAUUAGCAUCCUCUGAAAGGAAAACAUCUACUGCUUUGGCCCAGACUUUUAAUAUGGCACGAAGGUACGCACCAACGAUACUUCUGCUCCGCCAUUUCGAAGUUUUUAAAAAUCUAGGAUCUCAGGACGGCUCACAGGGUGAUCGAGUUGGCGUGGCCUCUGAGAUUGCAUCGGUUAUUAGGGAACUCACUGAGCCAGUUUCUAAUGGUGAAUACAGUUCCAUGGAAGAGGAGUCGAAUAGCAAUUCCUCUGUAGAUGAAGUUGGGAAGUUUAGGGGACACCAGGUGCUGUUAAUCGCAUCUGCUGAAAGCACUGAAGGUCUCUCUCCGACAAUCAGGCGUUGCUUUAGCCAUGAGAUACGGAUGGGUUCUCUAAACGACGAGCAGAGAUCUGAGAUGCUGUCUCGGUCCCUCCAAGAUGUUUCUCAACUCCUCAAUACCAGCUCAGAUGAAUUUGUGAAAGGAUUGGUUGGACAGACUUCUGGUUUCCUCCCUCGGGACUUGCGUGCUCUUGUAGCUGAUGCUGGCGCCAACUUAUUCAUCAGUAAAGAGUCCGAGACUGAGAAGAUUAAUCCUCUGUCGGGUGAUCCUCUUGGAGUUGAUGUAGACCAGCCAAGUCAAUUAGGUAACACCACUGAGACACAAACAGCUAAAGAUGACUUCACUAAAGCUUUAGACCGAUCAAAGAAGAGAAAUGCAUCAGCCCUUGGUGCUCCUAAGGUUCCGAAUGUGAAAUGGGAUGAUGUUGGUGGGCUUGAGGAUGUGAAGAGUUCGAUAUUGGACACAGUUCAGUUACCUCUCCUGCAUAAAGAUUUAUUUUCAUCUGGACUACGUAAACGUUCUGGUGUACUUCUCUAUGGACCUCCAGGAACUGGGAAAACUUUACUGGCAAAAGCUGUGGCGACAGAGUGUUCCUUAAACUUCCUCAGUGUAAAAGGCCCAGAGUUGAUCAACAUGUAUAUUGGCGAGUCAGAGAAAAAUGUUCGAGAUAUUUUCGAAAAGGCGAGAUCAGCACGGCCGUGUGUGAUCUUCUUUGAUGAGCUGGAUUCACUUGCUCCAGCACGAGGUGCUUCUGGUGAUUCAGGAGGAGUGAUGGACCGAGUGGUCUCUCAGAUGCUUGCAGAGAUCGAUGGACUCAGCGAUUCUUCACAGGAUCUGUUCAUUAUAGGAGCAAGCAACAGACCUGACCUGAUUGAUCCAGCUCUUCUACGACCUGGCAGAUUCGACAAACUUCUUUAUGUUGGAGUCAACGCUGAUGCGUCUUACAGAGAAAGGGUACUAAAAGCACUUACUAGGAAAUUUAAGUUAAGCGAAGAUGUAUCGCUUUAUUCAGUAGCAAAGAAAUGUCCGUCUACGUUCACUGGCGCUGAUAUGUAUGCAUUGUGUGCCGAUGCUUGGUUUCAAGCAGCUAAGCGAAAGGUGUUAAAUUUGGAUUCAGGGGAUGGUUCUCUUCCAGAAGACGAUCCGGACUCUGUUGUUGUAGAGUUUGUGGAUUUUAUAAAGGCAAUGGAUCAGCUUUCACCAUCACUCUCCAUAACUGAACUGAAGAAGUACGAGGCACUUCGAGACCAGUUCGAAGGCCGUUCCAGCUAAAAACUCCUCAGCAUACAAAUUACAGAGCUGAAGCUUUUUUUUUUAAUGAUAAUAAACCCAUCAAAAGGUCUCUUAUAUGUCAACAUGCUCAAAUUCCUUAUGAAUAUAUAAUCAGGUCUGUUAUAGAAAUUGAAGUUUGUUUACAAAACUGUUAAAUGUCCCUCUCUUAUACACUAAGUUCGGUUGAUUUGUUUC